AUGAGCAAGGCAGCGAGGCAUGAGGUCAGCGGUGGUGGACAUGCGCACUCACCGCAGGGCGCCCUUUGGCACAAGGGAAAAAGCGCCAUCCCGCCGACGCGCCGCCGUGCGGUUUUUGAUGGUAGGCGGAGCUGGGAUAAGCGCCUUCCUCCUGCUGCUGCGUGGCGACGGCGCUGCGCGGCCUGGCUUGCACCCGCUGCUGCCGGUGCGCGGCCUACGACACUGCUGAGCUCUUCGGCAUCCACCACGAGCCCCUCGAUGGCAUCCAAGCUGGAAGUGGAUAGGUAUGGAGUCCCGCAGUAUGCGGGCGAGGCUGACCUCUUCGAGGAAUACUGUGAGCGAGCUUGGGAUCUAUGGCAUGGCCGCGAAGGCCAAGAGACGAUGCAGCUCGCCUCCCCGGUUCAUCUCAGAGCCGGCCUGUCAGGAGCAGCCUAUGAGGCAGUCCGGAAGCUCGAGCACACCAAGCUCAAGACCAAAGACGACAAGGGCAGUCCUACAGACGCUGGAAUGCGCCUCUUCCUGGAGACCCUUCGCGAGAACAUCGCAGCAACUCUUCCUCAAAGCACUACAGAGACGAUGCAGCAGUUCAUCAUCCGCCGUGAGCAAGAGUUCCAAAUGCUCGAGGAGACCCUGUCAGGUGGAGGAGUCCCUGACCACAUCAGGGCAAUGAUGCUGCUGUUGUUCGCCGGCCUGGACCACAAAGAGCAGCUCAACGUGUUGUCCAGCUGCGGCAACGACUAUGACUUCAAGAAGAUCUCCCAUGCACUGAGGCUCCAAUUCCCGAACUCCGUCGGCAAGGUCACCGCUCGUGGCAAGAGCUAUGCCAUGGCCGUUGAUGGAGACGACUACUAUGAGGACCAGCCUGAUGAGGACGCCUUCAUUGAAGACACUGCUCAACCCGAGGAGGAGGACGCCUUCUAUGAGGACAACACUCCAUACAGCUACUCCGACGAUGAGACCCUUGACACCUACCUCCAGGACUUCCCAGAAGAGGAUAUGGAGUUGGCUGAAGCACUUGCUACCGCCAUCCAGAACAAGCGCAAGAAGAAGACACCUUCUUCCACAUCCUCGAGCACUACCAACAGCUUCCCGUUCAAGGCCCAAGGCGAGAUGUCAUUUGACGCCAAGGCCAGAGAGAACAGGAAGAAUGCCGUGAAGUUCCUGAAGUCCGUGACCCCCUGCACCAGUUGCGGCCGCAAGGGCCAUUGGCAGGGUGAUGAUGAAUGUCCCAACACCCGGAAGAAGGGAAAAGGAAAAGGGAAGAAAGGCUCAUCGCCGAAGAAGAAGCCCUCCAGCACCUUCUUUGUGCUCCAUGACACGCUCGAGUCCGAGGAUGAGAAACCUCAGACUGGUGACACCAUGACUGGCUAUGUCCAUGUCUCCAACGCCUCUCCGCAGUAUGUGUACACCCAAGAGCCCAAUGCACUUGCCGGGAAUGUCAUGACCCCGGAAUAUGACAAGAUCCCUGCGUAUGUCACCACCAAAGAGCCCAUGGACGUUGCAGAGAAUGCCAUCGCCAAGUUUCAUUCCAAUGCCACUCCUGAGUAUGUCCUCGCCACUACCGAGCUCUAUGGUGGCGAUGUGAGAAAGGAGGGCAGUUUCACCGAUUGCCUUGCAACAUCAGCGCACCACGAAGUGCUGAUGGUACUGAAAGAAGUCCCUAUGUGUGAGCAUUGCAGCUACAAUGGCGGCAACGAGAACAAGUACUUCCGUGGCGCCAACGGCCACUGUCGCUACCUGACCUGCAAGGAGCGCGAGUGCGACAAGACUGUUCUCUCCUGCAGACGAAAGGAACCAGCCGAACUAUGGCGCUACCUGGUCGUUGUGGCCCUGUGCACCAAGUUCGGAACAGCAGCACGAUCUCGCGAGUUGUUCUCCAAUGUCUGCAGAGUUCGAGGUGAAGCACUUGAAGAACGUGAGAAGAAAGCAGCCAUGAGGCCGACCAAGCCUCCAACAGCUCCAGGAUCGCCAUCAUGGUUCCUUGUUGAGCCUUCACCAUCUUCACCAGCUUCAUCGCCGUCUACCAGUACAACUGGUUAUCCAAGAGCCCGCAUUUUGCGGCGCCAAGAGCCCAUCAUCUUGCUAUAUGGGAUAAGCCUCUCAGCAUCACAAGAUCUACCACCAUUUCCUGACUUGGGAGAGGAGGACAACGACAUCCUCCAGCGACUACCUUCAGAUCAUUCCAUCCUCAGCACGGACACGCCCUAUGCUGGAAUGACCUUUAUGCAAGUGGCAUCAUCAGCUGAGAGCUCCUGGUUUUGCAGCCAUGUGAUUGGGCAGGUCCUUGAGAACAAAGCAGCCAUGACACCCGAGCAGUACCGCUUCGCCUUCUACCUCUAUGGGCGGCUACGUUUGGUGCACGCUGCUGGAACAAGGCUCCUGAAAGCUGGGAAAGAGCCAAACCCUGGAAAGCGUGUCAUGUCUCCUGAUGACAUGGUCACCCAAAGAUGCAUCUGUGUUCCGCUGUCAGCUGAUCCCACCGGUGCAUAUGAGAGCCUGAGUGUCCAUGACUGUGAAGUCAUGAUGGUCACCGCAGACGAGGAUGAAGACCACAACCUCGCCAUGGCCUACCUCGCACCUCCUAAUAAUCCACCUGGUCUCGCUAUUUUGGACUCUGGCUGCGCCAGGACUAUGCGUGGCACUUCCUGGGCGAGGGCAUUCGAAGCAGAGCUCCAAAAGAUGGGCCUCACUCCAAAGAGUCGAUCGAAGACACAGGCAUUCAAGGGCAUCGGAGGCCAGCUCAAAAGCGACGCUGUCAAGGUCUUCCCCGUCGGCGUUGCCAAGAUCCACGGUGAACUCCACUCAGCUGAGACUUCAAGCAACGCACCACUCUUGCUGUCUCGACCAUUUAUGCAAGAGCUUGGCACCGUGAUUGACAUCGGCAACAGCACUGUUAGCUUCACCAGCAUUGACGUCAAGAACCUGCCACUCCUCCGCACGUCUCGCGGACAUCUGGCAAUCAGCCUCUUGGACUUCGACAUGGAGAACAUCUCCGAAUUCGUGGACUAUGACCAGCAAGAAGCCCUGCUACAAGAGAGUCCACCUCAAUCUCCCGACAUAUGGGAAGCAGUGAAGGAAGGUCGUGACCUGAAUCAACAUCUUCUCGACCGCCUUGGACCAGAUGAGUGUUCAGCCCCGGACUAUGUACCUGAAGGCUGGAAUCCGGAUGAUUGGCAAGAGCAUGUCGACUUCCUCGACACCAUGAAGCAGGACGUCCAAAACUGGGAGAGCUAUUGCGCUCGCUUUGCUGCAGGAUCCGGAGAACCGCCUCCGAACAACAUCCCUGAUCCUGAAGAUGUCCGAGCUCAUGGACGACACUCAGAUGAUCCAAAGCACUUCGAGCAUUCAUCGCAAGACGAACUACAUCCAAGAAGGCCAAGAAGCUUGAGCCACUUUCCACCUCACUGGAUGGUGAUGACUGGCACCACUUCCAGGUCAUCACUGGAAAAGCAACAGCUCCAAGAAAACCUCCCUAUGGGAAAACAUGGAUGA